AGAAAAUUUUAUAAAAUAUAAAAAUAUUACUCAAUUUUAUUUUUUAUCCUUUGAUUAAUUUUUAAAUAUGGCUUCUACUUCUAAGAGACAAACUGCAAUUGGAACUAGAAAAAAAGGUGUACCGAAAUUGGAAUUGACUGCUGAACAAAAAAAUGAUAUAAAAGAAGCAUUUGAUUUAUUUGAUCCAGAUGGCACUGGAAGGAUAGCUACCAAAGAACUUAAAGUGGCCAUUAGAGCUCUUGGGAUUGAACCAAAGAAAGAAGAAAUAAAAAGACUUAUAGCUGAUGUUGAUCCAGAUGGUCUUGGUACAUUAUCAUUUGAAGAAUUUCUAAACUUAAUGUCUACAAAAAUGUUAGAAAAAGAUACAAAAGAAGAAGUUUUAAAAGCAUUUCGCCUUUUUGAUGAUGAUAACACAGGAAAAAUAUCUUUCAAAAAUUUAAAACGAGUUGCACGAGAAUUAGGAGAAAAUCUUACAGAUGAAGAAUUGCAAGAAAUGAUUGAUGAAGCAGAUAAAGAUGGUGAUGGAGAAGUUUCUCAAGAAGAAUUUUUACGUAUUAUGAAGAAAACUAAUUUAUAUUAAUAUUUUAUAAUUUAU